AUGCAAGAGGACACCGUUAAGAUGACAAACACUAUACCAAGGCUUAAGUAUUUGGGUAUGGCAGUAGAAGACUCUUUUAUGGUUCAGUUUAUUGUGAACUCAUUACCUUUCGAGUAUGGUGCUUUCCAGAUUAACUAUAACACUAUGAAAGAUAAGUGGGGUGUUAAUGAAUUGAUUAGAAAGCUAAUUCAGGAGGAGAACCGAAUAAAGAAUUUUAAGAUUCAUUAUGUCAACUUAGUUCAUGGAGCAGGAAAAACAUUGAAGCCAAAGGCCAAGAACUUUAAGAAAAAAGGAACCUACUAA